CUGACAGGUCAUUCUCUCUUAAAGUUUUUAAAUCAAAACAAUAACCUUGAAUUUCUGCGGCUCUGACGCACUGCUGCUGCCGGACGUCAUCGGAAUGCAUUCUAUUCGACACGUCACAGUACUAGACGCUGCAAACCUCUACUGAAACUCGUGACUUGUUGUCUUCAGUCUACAGUUGUUGAUUAGAGUGCAGUUUCAUAGUCUGUUAGUGUGCAGUUUUAUAGUCUACAGCUAUUGAUUAGUGUGCAAUUUUAUAUCUGUUUGGGUCUGUUUUUGAACAGUUGAAUUGCACAUUACAGCUGUGUACGGUUUCAGAUCAUAAAAUUUGACCUGUCGGAUUUUGGAUCAACGUACUAUUUUCCAUCAUGACUAGCAAAACAUUUCGCACGCUCAGGCCCCUGGAACGUAAGAGUGGUUCGGACAUGCCUACACUGCAACCUCUACCACCAUGUAAACUGCGGCCUCAACCACCGUCUAAACUGCGACCUCAACCACCGUCUGCAGUGCGACCUCAGCCACUUCCUAGACUGAGACAACGACCAGCGCCUCAACAACACCCAGAAGAAAUUGAGAUGAAGAGGGAGAUCACUCGCAGUUUCCGUAACACAAUUGUGCUGAGAGAAAGGUCCCGGAUGUCCAGCCGAGGGCAGUGUGUCAAGCUCCCUCCUAUCCCCGGCUCUUCCCGAGAUGACAGCUCAAACCUCAGCCAGAGCUUUGAGAGAGCCCAAAGAGACCAAGGCAACCUCAUUAAGAGCAUGGUGGAUGAGCUGUCGAAGAUGGAGCGGCGGUCAGAGCUGUCAAGCACUUCUCAUCAGCAGAGCAUGGACAGUCUGUUAAAGCGUCAUGUGCUUCGGCUGGAAAAACAAGCACUCGACUUCAACAACAAACUCGAAGAACUUCGCUCAGAGUAUGAUACUGAAAGGGAGCGGAUUCAUUCACAGAGCGAGCAGGAGAGUGCGUAUUUGAAGGAUGUAACGUUUUUCAUGGAAAAGCACAACGCUAAGAUUUACCCUGAGGCGAGACGUGACUACGAGAACAGUUGCAAACAAAUCAGAAAAAAGCACAAAGCCGAAUAUGAAACAGUGGAAACACAGAUGAAAGAGGUCAUUGAAGAACUGAGGGAAUACAAGCCGACGAGAUCUCAAUUCUGGAAGUUUAAUGAUGUUUCAUACGAAAAAAGAAAGAAGAAUAUGACUCUCUGCUUCUCGAGUUUAAAGAGGUGGAGGUAGAUAAACAGUGCAUUCAGGAAUUGGAGGAGUCCAUCUCAGAUCUGGAAUGUGAGCUGAUGUCUGGUGAAUGCCAAGAAACAGUUCAACUUCGUUCAGACUGUGUCAAGCGCGUCCA